GCCUUAAUUUUCAACGCCCAGUCCAGAGAGAGGGAAAAGGUGUCCACGCUGUCCAGGACGCUGUGCGUGGCUGUAUUAAAGCUCGACUUGAGUUCAUUUUGAUUUGAUUUGAAAGAAAGACCGAAACGUCGGACUUCAUCGGUGCUCGAUUCCAAGUCCCGGCCGUGCUCUCAUCCUGCUCUCGGAUAUGAACUCAACAGCCUGCGUGUUACGGAAGAAGCUCAGCAGAGCGGCUUGUUAUUCUCCCAAACUGACCCUUAUUUUAGUGCAAAUUCAGCGGCUUUAAUACAGAUUUAAACCUUUUUGACCGCCGUGGACAAAUCUGGAUGGGGACGGGUGUGUUAAGGCAUCAUUAGAGUCCGUUCAGGAGGUUUAAACGAGAGGGAAAAGGUGAAAGUGAAUCAGUCCUGUGGCUGAGGAUGCAGGAGGCUGUGCAGGGGGGUGGGGAUCGAGCCGAUGUGGCCCAGCCGCCUGUGAAAGAUGGCCCUUCCUUGGACAUCAGCACCGAGCCAGUAGGUCCCCGAGUGGUGACCUUUGACCUUCUCAGCAUGGUGGUCUCCUACAAGCGGAUGGCCAUUUUUCUGGAGCCGGUAACGGACGCGCUGGAGGUGCUGCGCUACCUGCUUGGAUGGAGAAUGCCUCUCUGUUCUCUGCUGUGCUUCCUCCUCCUCAACAUCCUCUUCAUCACUCUGACUGAAGUGGCUUGGUUCUCCCUGUUCCUGAUGGUGGUUUCUGUCCCGGCUGUUCUGGGUUACCUUGGCGACCGUUGCCAGGGUGUUGCUAGUGAGACGGCUGUGCAGAAGAAGAAACACUACGCAGUUCAGCGCAGAGAACUGCAGACCGUCCACAUGAGCCGCCAGGAGGCCAUGCUGGAGGUCAAGGGCCUGCUGAAGCGACUGGACGAUCUCCUGACCCAGGCAUGCGUUUAUGCAGAAUCUGCCUAUAAGAUCUUAUACUGGGAGAGUCGCGUGUCUUCUUCUGUGUUUUACGGUUUCCUGUUGAUGACUGUGUGUGUGCUGUACACCGCUCCUGUGGGUUGGAGUCUGUCUCUGAUCAACAGCGCCCUCUUCCUGUGGAACAGAGACUUCUGCAGAGUCGUUCUGCAGCUGAAGGAGUUUUUCCACCCAACUCCAUCACAGCCGGUGGACGGAGAGACCGAAAAGAGUGAAACAGAACUGGGAAACUUACUGGACCGGACCCCGACUCCCACCAGCCUGGAGGAUCUCUCACCAGGUAGUGUAGAGGAGGCCGAGGAGGCGGAGCCUGACGAGGAGUUUAAAGACGCCAUAGAGGUGUUGCCUGCAGUAAUCGGGCUGACCAAAGCCCUGUGGAGACGCAUCGCUCAUAAGGAUGAUGAGGAGGUGUCUGUGGGAAGUGCUGAUUAUGACUCCGUAUCUGAUAACGGCUUGUUGAGCAGGAACGAGCCCAUACGCAGCAAAGUAUCCAAACUAACGGAGAAGCUCCGCAAGCGCGUGCCCACCAACCCCACUGGUAAUUGCUCGAGCUGUGCUGCAGCAUUCUCUGUGUUGAAGAAGAGGAGGUACUGCACUAACUGUGGUGUUAGCUUCUGUUCUCGCUGCUGCUCCUACAAAGUGUUCAAGUCCAGCAUGGGAGCCACAGCUCCAGACGCGCAGAAAGAGACAGUGUUUGUGUGUGCUAUGUGUAACGCGGCACUCAGCAGCAAGUAGGACCUGCGUUCCAUAAUAAUAACCCAUUCCCUUCUUCGUACCUCAGCAAAAAUCUCCUCAGCAACAGGAGCAGAGGGCGGAGCCUGACGCGCUCCGAUUCAAGAGGUUUAUGUCUUUUAGUCCCAAGUUGCUAAAACUGAGCUUUUUUGCUUCCUGCCUCCAACAUGCCUCGUCUCCCCUCUUCCUUAUACUUUCCUCAAAAAGUUCACAAAGUAUACAUUCCUGACAUGGCUGCUUUCGCUGUUGUGGCAGCAGAAACUUCAGCGAGUUACUCCAUCAGGCCCUGAGAAAACAUGAAAGUUAGUAUGCUCUCUUUGGUGAAUACAGGGGCGGUUAUGCUGCUGUUUUAGCAUUACUUGACCUGGACUUUUCGAUUAGGGUGAAGCCCAGCAGGAACAUAUGGCUUCUCAAAGCAGGUGGCCUCAAACUGGACUCUGGUUUGGUGACAAUUGGACCUACUGGACGCUUAAAAACCCCUUCUUAUUCAUCCCAAUGGCCAAAACCUGCUUUAUUUCCUCUCAUCCCAUCAUCUACUACUGUGACAUCACCUUCUAGAAUCCUCAGCUGCCAUUGUGAUAUCAUGUUCCGUGAUCUGCAGCAGUUAUGACAUCAUUGCCUGUCAGAAUCAUUGCGACAUCAUCUGACGUGAGGAUUCCAGAGACUGUUCCUCAAACCAGGAUCUUAACUGUUCAAGCAACUGCGCUGUAUUUAAUUGAAGGUGUGCGUUAGACACGGUUCUGAAGCAGAACUUGGGCGUAGAGAGGUUGUAAGAGACACUGGGUCUGUUACAAAGAUUCUCCUUCCAACAGGUUUGAUCUUUUUUUUUCUCUCUUUUUUUUUUUUUGAAUAAUCUUGGAUUGGCCUCCUGCUUGUCGUGUAAUCAUUUUUGCAGUGCGUCUAGAAUAUGGCAUUUAUUUCCAAAUAAGGUGGUUCACUUUGUUCUACAUCACUGGUGAGAAAUUGCAGCCCAAGAUAUCGUUUUUAUUAGAUGUACUUUGUACUGUGCUGAUCAUAUGACUGGCUGUUGAUUGGUUGUUAUUAUUGCAGCCAAUCAGGGCUGCCUAUGACGAUUGUGACUCAUCACCAAGUCUGGCACUUCAGAGUCAUCCUGCUGAUGUUGGUGAAAUCAGGUCCUUGUGUGAAUUGGUCUUAUCAUUAUUCAGUCACUCUCAGUGAGUCCUUCCUUCUGAAGCUGCUCUCUUUGUUCUGAUGAUUCAUAUCAAAAUGUUUUAUUUAGGUGCGCACACACGGUAUAUGAGAGGGAGGGAUAGUAGGGAUAGUUUUCUCAUAUUUUACCUUUUUUGUUUGGUUUUUAUUUUGCGUCUGUCUAAUUUAAUGUCCUGUUCUUUUUUUUAAGCAGGAGCUGAAUGUAAGACUACUUAUUUUACCUGUCAUUGUUUUGGUGUGACCACUGUACUGUAAUGCAACUGUAUUAAAACCAUCUACGACCGCCAAUCAAGCGGUUUCCGAGUUCGGCAGGUCUGUAGUCUGGUUCUGCGUCUGUAGCUUGUGUGCUGUUUCAUGGGUUCUGUAAACAUUUACAGUAAUAAACCUCUUUACUGUGGAAA